AUGGGUAACGUCAAUACGAUUCCUGUGGUGUCACAAGCAAAGUCAGUGGUCCAGCUAGUAACCGGCGAUGUGGAUGGAGCUGCUGCAACUCAAGAAAAGUUUCUUCAUGAAUGUGUUGGAGUUUCGCAGGUUACAUCACUGGUUUAUUUGGCAGCCGGAGAACCAGAAAAAGCUGGAGACACUCAAAUCAGAUGUGUGAAAAAUGUAUCGAAUUUCGCUGAUGGAGUCCCUGGAGUUGGUCAUGUCAAAGGAGCCAUUCAUCAUAUAGCUGGAGAUCAUGAAGGUGGUAAUAAAGCAAUUCUGGCAGCGACUAGAACCACAGGAGUUAUGGCUGGAGGAGCCGCAGGAUUCCUUGUUGGAGGACCUGUUGGCGCAGUUGUAGGUGGAAUGGCUACUGGUGGAACUUUGGAUGGGGCUGCCACAUUGGGAGCAUCUUUAAGAGAAAAAGAGUAUAAACCAGAAGGUAUCUUUGCUAGCGUACAGGAAGUAAUUGACAACCCAUCUGGUGGAGCUAUUUUCGAUGCCAUAGCGACUCCAGUCUUUGAUGGUCUUGCCGGAUAUCAAGGUGGAAAGAUAGCGGGGGCUUUGGAGAAUGCGGUCGCAGCAAAAACGGCUCCAGUCGAUCCACAAGCUGCUGCUAAGGCAGCCGAAGUUCGUGUUUACGCAGAUCGAGUACUUAAUCUACCAAAGGCCAUGGCAAUAGCAGAAGAAAUGCGAGAAACGCCGGGAACUACCGACGGUCAAUUGAUGAAACAAUAUGAUGUUGCAAUGGCCCUGGAUAAAAAAGCCACAAUGAUCGAAACUGGAGGCCGUGGACCACCUCCAGCGUUUGAUCCAAAAGUGACAAAAGGACCGAAUGUAUACCCACCAGGAGUACGAGAAGAUGAUAGGGAAGAGAAAAAGUUCAAAAGCAAUUCUCAACAAUCGACGUCAACUACAACUCACACUACUUCUGGAACAACAACUCAAACGAAUACAACUCAGUCAGCAUCUGUUUCUCAGCUUCCAACUGCAAAUGCCAGCAUCUCCUUUUAUCAGGAGCUCUACAAAGUUAUCACUGCCUAUAAGUUGUUCGAUAAAUCUGAAAAUUACGAUUUAUCUGUAAUUGAAGCGAAAGUUCAAAGAAUAUUGAAAGGACAAGGAGUUCAAGUGGUUCAAACACAAAAGAUCUUCACCAAAGUGAUGCUCAAUGAAAGCGAGAACCAAAAUUUCAAAACAGAACAAGUGGUUUCAGUACUGUAUGGAACAGAUGUUGCAGAACAGUUUGAUGAGAAGAAUCCUUUGAAAGGAUUUCAGCAUUAUGCCAAACACCCGGAAGAUCGAAUUAGAAUGAUUCCAAAUGAGCUGCUUUUGGUAGGUUAUCUUCGAACCCAUAUGAACCCUGUCAACUUCUCUGUUCAUCAGUUCUUCCAAGUUUCACCGACUAAGCAACAGUUUCGAGUUGUGUUCAACGUACCAACAACCUCUGGACAAAUCCGUCAGCUUUCAAUUUGUUUGAGUUGUACACAGGACGGAUCCGGAAAAGCAAUCAUCUACAAGUCUCCUAUGAAGGACGGGGUAGAAUGUGAUUGUUAUGAAAUAAUUACAGCCUUCUUGCUCUAA